AUGAUCCUACUACCAAGCACCCGCAGCUGCAACCGUCCACUUGACUGCUCUCCGUGUUUCUUGCAGAGCGAGCUGCCCUUCCUGGAACUGAAGAACAACGUUACACAAACUGCUCGCUACGAUGACAACUCGAGCCAGCACGAUAACUUGAGCACAGUCAGAGAGCAAAUUAAAAAGUAUCUCCACAUCCGAGCUAUCGACGGUGAUGCUCUGGUGGGCCUCCUGGUGGCGUACGUUGUGCUCAUCAUUCUCGGAGCGAUGGGCAACUGUCUGGUGUGCGUCGCCGUCGCCCGAAAACCUCGGAUGCGAACAGCUCGUAACAUGUUUAUCAUCAACCUAGCCAUCUCUGACCUCGUUCUCUGCCUGUUCACAAUGCCCUUUUCUCUCGUGGAAAUUGUGCUCAAAUUCUGGCCACUCGGAGUCGUUACUUGCAAAAUGGUGUCGGGCCUGCAAGCAACCAGUGUCUACGUGUCCACUAUUAGCAUCACGGCGAUUGCAUUGGAUCGCUAUAAAGCCAUCGUGUAUCCCAACAUGAGUAAACUCGUGCCUUCGAACGCCAUCUGCGCAAUUGUGACAAUCUGGGCUACUGCCCUCUUACUUUCACUGCCCCUAUUUUUGUACAGAAGCGUCGACCAUCAUAUGGUGCGUGUUAAGGACCACGGUGUCGUAGUGGUCGACUAUCUGGACUACUGCCUGGAGAAAUGGCCAAUAGCUCACGGCCGAGCUCUCUACUCCGUCUUCUCAAUGGUGUUCCAAUACGUCCUUCCCGUUGUACUCGUAAGCGUUGCUUACCUGCGAAUUUACUUGAAACUCAAGUAUCGCGUGGACAUGAAAAGCAGGCAGUUCUCGACGGACCGUCAUAGGAUGCACAGAACCAACUUGCUUCUCCUAUCUAUCACCCUCAUUUUCUGCAUCUGUUGGCUGCCCCUAAAUAUUUUUAACAUAGUUGGCGAUUUUAGAUCAGAAAUUUUUAAGGAACAUUCCAGCCAGUUGAGAAUCGUGUUCGCGGUCUGCCACAUGGUAGGCAUGAGUUCGGCAUGCUCCAACCCCAUUUUGUAUGGUUGGCUGAACUCAAAUUUUCGAGAAGAAUUCGAAAGAAUAUUAGGAGAAUGUUGCUGCUGCUUCCAGUCAUCGCAGACACCAAGUGGAGGGGACACGAUGUUGGUUCCUAUGAACAUGACAAACGCCUUCUCGCCGACUGGAUCACGAAACAUGACACCUACGCAUUGUACCAGGACCGAUAGACAAAGUAUGGUUGUGGUUAGCGUCAAUAUGUGAAGCAGUUGUGAAUCAUCCCGUUGCUUUUUUCACUGCGGUAUGUUGCUUUCCUUUUUUGUAUUCUACAUAACUCAUUACAAAGGCAUUUACUGUAUAGCUACAAGAUUAGCCAAAUGACCGCGGAUAUAACUGAUGCCUUAGAGGUUUGCCAAUGAAAAGAAAACGGGGAACACCUAUAGUAACAGUGUGGUUAUGCAUGCAUAUCACAGUGCGCUUAGUAACUAUGUAACUGAAUGAAGCUCUCAGGCUACAGAUACACCAAGGGCAGCCUACUCAAGUAAGGUGAUUACGGCAUCAUUGGAACGGCUACGUUGUUGGGAGACCGUUAUUGAUUAUUCUAUGCGGUUCCUUCGAUGUUCCCGACAAGAGAGGUAUUUCCGUUAUGUCAUUUGUGUGUUUGUGAGCUUGUGUAUUCUUAUGACCCUCGGCGCUCCUCUUUUUGUUUUGCACUGAAAGUCACACUUGCGGCAUGAUCGAAAGCACCCGCAGAAUA